AUGUUUUCUUGCGCGAGGCACGCGACGACUUUGAACACGACGACGACAAAACCUUGGCGGCGGCGGAGGGAGAAGCGUCUGGACGGCAUCAAAAGUCGCUCGAAAAGAGGUGAUUUAGAAUUACUCCCCGGGGAUCCUUCUUUCUUGUUGCACGUGAGCUGUGAGAUGGGUUUAGGAAUACGCGCGGAUUUUAUGAAAGAAAUGUCCAAACACAUAGCGGAAACUUUAUCGAAACCGGAAACGUACGUGUGCGUGUGCGUACACGACGACGUUUCAAUGACGUGGGGCGGGAAGGAAGAGCCGUGCGCGCUGGGGACGUUGAAAUCUAUCGGAGGCAUAAACCUCGAGAACAACAAAAAGGUCAUGGAGAAACUUUGCGAGAUAUUGGAAAGAGACUUUAUGAUUCCGAAGAAUCGAGUGUACGUGGAAUUUGUGGACAUGGAACGAGAGAAUUGCGGAUACGACGGGGCGACGUUUGGCGGGUGA